UGCAGUGAAGGCGUACCAUUACCUUUCCAUUACAGCCAGCGACUGAAGCACAUUGUGUACAGGGAGAUCCAGCAGUAAAGGUGUCUUCAAGAGCAGUCAGGAGCAAUGGCCGUGGCAAACUUUCAGUAUAUAACUCGGAUGAGCAGUGGAUUCAAGGUCUACAUUUUAGAGGGUCAGCCACAUCACAGAAGCGAAGAUCGAUUUAGGCACAUCCAAACUGAACCACAACGAGUUCCAAGUGGGAAUCUUCUAAAACGCAAGCGCAGCUUCGAGCGAGGGCUGACCUUAGAGGAAAGACGGGAGCGGGCGCUGAGCAGAAGUCUUGCCAAAGCAGCAGAAAGAGAGUCACAAGUCACAUCUGCGUCACACAGUCCACAAAGCUCAACUUCUUCUUGGAGUCCAGCAUCCAGUCCUACCAGCCCUGUACCUCCUCAUGUCUACUAUGCACCUAUCAUGGACGAACCACUUGCCCUGAUCAAAAAACCCAGAAAGGAUCCCGAAAUCACACAAGAGAAGCCCAAAAGUACCAACCAAAUACAGAUGCGGCCCUCUGUGAUAACCUGUGUGUCCUCUUUAAGAAGCCCAACCAGCAGGCCUGACGUUCACAAGCCUAUGUUGUCAGUUUCCCAAAGCCACUGUGACCGGGAUGUUGAUGAGCAUUUCCAAAGGAGCCUGGGCGAAAGAUACCAGAAAAUGGUCCAAUCUCAGCAGCAGCUCUCCAUCAGCGUUUCUGUAGAUGACCAUUUUGCUAAAGCACUGGGAGACAAAUGGCAGCAGAUCAAAUGUAAAUCUUCAUCCUGUUCCUCCACACCUCCCAGCAGCCCCAGCGUCACCCACUCACCCACAUACAGCAGCAGCCCGUAUAGAGAGCCCACAAGCUCCAACCGCUGGUCCAUUCACUAAAGCAGACAAGGACAAAAGACUUUGAGACUCUAAACAUUUCAAUGCAACUCUAAUUGACAAGUGAUGAUUUUUCCAGAUGCCAUUCACUAAACUACUAUCACCUUGGAAAAAGAGUAGUGUCAUGGUAUUUACUAUUAUAUAGGAAACUGCACGUCAUGAGGAAAAGGAAAGAAGAAAUCAUAAUCAAACUGGUAAAUUUCAGUAUUGAUUUUUUCUUUAAAAAGUACUGUUACCUGCCUACUGGCCAAAUGCAACAGAAAUGUAAUAGUUGCAAUUUGCCUUUUAAAUUUUAUGUGAAUACUUGUUUGUGCUGUUGAGUCUGACAAAAUCCUUUUACAUUUCUUUUUUACGUUUUUUUAACUGUGGGAGUGACACAGAUUUAUUUUACUGUUUAUUAUUUAUAAACUGGGGCCUCUUCCAAACAUUUGCAGUGUAAAUAGGCUACUGUAAACAAAAUGUAGUAUAUACAAAAUAAUAAUAAAAAACUUUAACAU